ACCCGCGGUGCUUAGUUUCGCAAGUCAACUCGAACGGGACACACGCAUAGUGGAUUCCAGUCCUGGACAACCUUUAUUACGAAACAAGUGACUGGAAGUUUUGUGAAUUUUAAAAAGUUAAAAGUUUAAUAAGUUAACCAAAGUGAUAAUAAGUAGAGCAUUUUUUUCGACCCGAGAGGCCUCAAAAAAUCUAGCAAACAUGAGUGUUGAAGUGGGUCGGAACAAUGACCUCACGUUGACGGAGGAGAAAAAGAUUGUCAGCACACCGGUGAUGGAAUUCUACCGUGGCAAGAAUGUCCUGGUCACCGGUGGAACCGGAUUUAUCGGCCGCCUUCUGAUCGAGAAGCUGCUCAGAAUCAAUGUCAGACAAAUCAUCCUGCUUUCGAGGCCAAAGAAGGGUAAAACUGUUCAACAGCGAUGCGACGAACUGUUCGGCAGCGUAGUGUUCAUGAACCUGAAGAAAGACUAUCCCGCAUUUAUGGAUCGGGUCAAAAUCUUGGAUGCCGAUUUGCAGAAUCCUGUUGUUGGGUUGUCCGAGGAAUCAAUCGAUUAUAUCAUCAAAAACACACAGAUCGUAUUUCACGCAGCAUCGGACGUCCGGUUCGAUCAGGCACUGAAGAAGGCUAUCGAAGUCAACGUUCGAGGCACCCGGGAUCUGCUGAGGAUCUGCGAAAAAAUAAUCAAUUUGGAGCUUUUCAUAUACAUCUCCACUGCGUACUCCAACUGCCCGAAUGAGAAUAUCAAGGAAGAGUUCUAUCCCCCACCGACCGAUCCGGAGCGAAUGAUACAACUGGUGGAAGCAAUGGAUGAGCAUUUUGAGGAGCACAUGAACCGGACAGUGAACGAAUUCAUCCAACCCUGGCCCAAUACCUACGUGUAUACCAAGGCAUUGACGGAGGACAUUGUACGACAGUUUGGUGAACUCCUGCCCAUCGCCGUCGUGCGGCCAUCCAUCAUCAUUGCCACCUGCGAGGAACCAAUCGAGGGCUGGACCGACAACAUCUACGGUCUGAACGGUGUCAUCGCCGGUAUCGCGCUGGGCAUCAUCCGUGUCAUGUAUCUGGACGAUAAGAACAACGCCGACAUCAUCCCGGCCGAUGUCGUCGUCAAUGGGGUACUAGCCGCCGGUUGGCUAACCUACGUGGAACGGAAACACGACCGACUGAUCGAGGCGAAGGGUGCCAGCACCGAUAUGAAGGGGAUGGUUCGACCGCGCACCAAGAUAUACAACUGCGUCUCCGGAAACGAGAAUCCGAUUACCUACAGGAAAAUCUACGACUACUCUAUUCAGGUCGGCAAGCACUGCCCUCCAAAGCGUUCGCUCUGGGUGGUGUGUCACAACACGACGACAAACAAGUAUCUCUUCGAGUAUUACAAAUUUCUCUAUCACCUGUUGCCUGCUUUCCUGAUCGAUCUGUACCUGCGAGCGAUUGGACGAACACCACGAAUCAUGGACCUAUACCGGAAGGUACACAAAUUCGCAACGGUCAUCUCGUACUUCGCCAAUGGCCGGUGGCACUUCGAGAAGGACAACAUGAAGGGCCUGAUCGAGAAACUUUCACCGGACGAUAGGGACAUGUUCCAGUGCGACAUUACCCGGAUCAGUUGGCCCGACUACUUCUGGACGUACAUCCACGGAUUGCGGCGACACAUUGCGAACGAACCGAUGGACAAUCUGGAAGAUGCCAAAAAGCGACACCGACAGAUGGGCCUGGUGCACUACUUCAUCCUGGCGGCUUACUAUUCCCUGUGGGUGCUGCUAUUCUUUUACAUCUUCAAAUGGUUGCUGUUUUAAGCUAACGGCCCGGCUCUUUGCCUGGUCCCUCUGUUCAGUCGAAAUUUACUGUAUAGGUUGUGUGAAGUCGUCGUUUUUUUUCGGUGAACGCAUGCUCAAACGAUUUCCUGUGAUUUCCUUCGAUGAAAUUGUGACGAAAGAAAAGGAAAGGUACUUGUUCGUUUUUACCGCGAAAGAUUUUAUUGAUUAGCUUUAAUGUUACGAAGGUGUAUCUAGCGUUAAGGGUCUAGUUGAUCUUGCUCUGUGAAGGCAUCCCGUAUACGGGUGUUGAAACUUGAUCAAAUAAAUUUUAAAUUAUUUUCUA